UACUGACUUUGUUGUGGUCUUAAGUUAUUAUUGUUUGGUUGGUUUCUAUGUAUAGAUGUGUUUACUUCAGAGUUUAAAUACCCCGGUUUGUCAGCUAUAAUUCAAUGGAAGCCUCAAUGUGUUCACUGUAAUUUAGACCAAUCUCCGCCAAUAUGUCAACUGCUUGGUUGGUACUGAGGGACAUUUGGAAAGACGUCAUCGUCUGUAACGGUAAGGAAGUACCCAUUGUCGGGGGAUUCCGGGGAUUUAGAAACGUACCCCCGGGGGCACAUACAAUAGAGAACCACGGAGCGAAGCUUGAAGUUGAAUUGGAGGCAGGGGAGGUCAAAGUGUUUGUUCUGGAUUCAAGUGAAAACAUUUUUAGUAUACUGGACGAAAGCGACGACGAUUUCGGUUUUCAUCAGUUAGCCAAGAGCGGCGCUAUGGACAAUGCAUUGUAUGAAUGGCCUGUCUGAUUCCAUGUCAUUUAGAGUUUUUAAAAUUUCAGGAAAACUCGACCAUUAUUUGAAUAACAUUUACGCUGACUGUGGAAAGGCAUAUUACCGUUUACCCACAUAUAACUGAAAAUUUUUGGUCAUCUUUAUGAGUUCACCACUUUGAAUAAACUUUGGUUUUGAUCAUAUACUUUAUUAUUUGAUAUACAUGUAAUACAUAUAGAUAAUGUAUAGAUUAAAUUUUCAAAAGUU